UCUUGUUGUUGUUAGGUUCUCCUCAUUACGGAUGCCAUGGAGUUAACUGUCGGGUGGAAAAAUAGGCCGAGAGUUCCGUUCCCUAACGGUUCCCAAGUUCCCCAAGUUGUUUGAUCGAAUUUCAGUACUCUCCUCGGCUUGUCGUCUGUCUGCCUCUCUGCCAGUUUAAAUUGUAAUCCCGCGCCGUGUACAUAUAUUUUUUAUUAAACCAGCAAUCAUGGAUGAGGUAAAGCGACCUUCACUGACCAACAGCACGGUGACGAUAAGGCCACGGCUUAUCUACGGACUGCGGUCAGAUGUGAUUGGCAACAUUCACUUUAAUCUCAACAAGGAGGUCAUCUAUCCAGUGGAGGGAGUCCUGGCCUUCCACGAUUACGUACAGAACAAGCAGAGGUUUCUCAGAUUUCCUGAGGAUACCCGACCGGAAGUCAUAGCCAUAAGCUCGCAUCGAAAAUUGCUGGCGGUGCUGGAACGACAUUCAAAGAAUGGCCGAUACAUAUCCGUUUAUGAGUUGUCUACUCUUAAGAAGCGUCGUCAUCUAGAGCUGCCCAGCAAUCAUCGCAAUGCCGAUAUUCAGCAGAUGAUUUUCACCAUUGACUCUAGAGCGGUGGCAUUGGUCACCCGUCCCCCAGAGGAAACUAUUAUCAUGUUGGUGCUAGACAAGACAAGCACCGUGCUGGAGGCAAGAGCCACAAUACCAGGAUCACAUGGAGGAGCCGAAUGCAUUGCUGGCAAUCCGGCUGAUUGCAGCUUUUUGGCCGUAGGCGGUGAUCGCACCCUGCUGUUGAUGAGCAAGUCGGAAAGGGGUUUCAGCAUAAGCAACAAUCUGAAGGUCAAAUACAGGGUUACCUCGAUGGCUUUCCUCUCGAUGGACCUGCUAAUGGUGGGCACAUCAGAUGAUCAACUGAUUCUUGUGGAGAACGGUGAACAGAAACUGGCGCAAAAGGCCAGCGAUGCGGACACUGUGGAUCUUAUGAUCGAUCAGGAAAUAUUCGAUCGAGAUCGAGAGAUGCAGGAUCACCGAUUUCUGCCAACUCAGACGAUUAGUCUGGCGGAUAAAAGAGUCCUCUGCAUGACUGCCUUUCCCAAAGGAUUCGCCUAUAUCAUUUUUAAUAGAGCCUUUGUUUUUGAGCGAGUUUCCAAGUUCAAGUUCGAGAGAAAGACUAUUCUGACGGUGCCAACGAAUCUGUAUGCGGAGCACAUGUACCAGAUCCGGAAUCUAGCCAUUGAUCACAAACAGGAGACCGUAAUCGUGACAACGGCUCAUUCGCAGAUCUAUGUGGGUAUACUCAUAGUUCCAGAGACUUUAAAGACCAAGCAGUUGAAGUUUGAACCCCUGGGAGUGCUCAUUCAUACGGGGGAAAUCAUCGCCAUUUCGGUGUGUGCCUGGAAACCGAUUAUUAUGACUGCCUCCAGGGAUCAAACUAUAAGGAUCUGGAACUAUGAGACUGCCUUGGUAGAGCUGGUACGCAAAUUCCAAGUGGAUGUGAACAUUGUGGAGCUGGGUCUCACGGGUCAAAUGGCGGCCAUUGGCUUCUCCGAUCAGCUGCGUGUUACCCAGAUCUUUAUGGAUGAUCUUAAUAUUGUGAAGACCUACAACUUCCCCCAUUGCAAUGCCGUGCGUUACUCCAACUAUGGACACUUGAUGGCCGCUGCGUAUGACAACAAUAUAGCUGUCACCUCUGUGUACACGCUGGAUGUGGUGAUCAACCUGAAGGGUCACAAUGGCACAGUCCUCUCCGUGGCCUGGUCACGAACGGAUAAAUUCCUGAUCUCUGGCGGGGCGGAGGGGGCCAUUUACCUCUGGGAUAUUGAAACUGGAGCGCGUGUGCAGGAGAUUGUGCAGAAGGGCACGGAAUAUAUCACCGUCUCGUGCAGCUUCAAUGAACCUCUGACGAUAUAUGCUGGCACCAGCUUUGGAACGAUCCGGGAGUUCCAGAACUCCAGUCUAGUGCGAGAGAUAACUAUACCAUCGAGAAACAAAGGUUCUGUUGCGGACAUGUGCCUGGCCAGGUCGGAUCUGAUUAUGUUUGUGUCCGAUCAUGAAGGCAACCUGUUCAACAUGCAGCUGCCGUUCCUGGAGGCAGGAGGUGGAACAUUCACCAACUUCCGCUUUUUCGAUGGGCCUGUAAAUAAGAUGCGCUUCUCCUAUUGCGGCACCAUGCUGUUUGCCAUCUCCAGCAAGGGCACGCUGGCCAUCUGGGCAAUGGACAACAUCGAGGGCAAGGUGGCCCACAUGGACCAGGACCUGAUGCGAAGCCAGGAGGUUUUGAUACCGCGCAGCCAGCUCAAUGAUAAAAUAGAACAGAUAGCCAACUUGGAGCUCCGACUGAAGCAGCAAGCAGAGGAGUUCCAGUACCAGUUGAGUCAGAACGAGAUCUUCGACGGCCAGCAGUUGCAGGAGGUGCACAGGAGCUACUGUUCGGCGUUGGAGGAGCUCAAGGAGUUGAACAACGAAAUCGAGGCCAGGCAUACUGAGGAGAUGAACCACAUCACGUUCCAAAUCAAUGCCCUGCGGGAGGAGCAUCGCGUUCAGCUGGACACUCUGGCCAACCAGUAUUCGGAGAGAAUGCUGAUCGAGUACCAGAAGUUCACCAAUCUCCGAGAGAACAUGUUGGAACUGCGCGAGAGCUACGAGGAAAAGCUGAAGAACUCCACGGGAACGUUGCAGGAUACGGUUGAGGCCCUGGAGAACAAUUAUAAACAGCAACUGAACGAGCGAAAGGAGCUGAUCCGCGACCUGAUGAAGGAAAUGCAGGACAAGAAGUCCGAGUUCAUCGAGUACUGCCGCGAGGUGGAGCUGGAGAACGAUCGCAACAUGGUGUCCACCCAAACGGAGUACGAAAACAAACUCACCACGGAGCGAAAUGAAACUCAGAUGUGGCGCGGUAAGGCUGGAGUGCUACAGAAGAAGUUCGAAGGCCAGAGUCGCGAGAUCGAUGGCCUCCUCGAAGAGGUCGAAAUUCUUAAGGAGGAGCACCACAAGUCCCAACGGAACAUCCUAAAACAGAUGCGAAACAUAGAGGAACUGCAAAAGGAUAUAUCCGAUCGGGACUACGCCAUCAACGGCAAGGAGAAACGCAUUCAGGACCUGCUGCACAAGAACCAAGAGCUGGACAAAUACAAGCAGGUGCUGGGCCACAAGAUCGCAGAGCUCAAGGCCCAGAUAGAGCCGCGCGAAUUUCAGAUUAACGACAAGCGUAAGCACAUUAUCGAGAUGGAGGCAGAACUGGAGGGACUCAACCAGAACAAUGUGCAGCUAGAGUUGCAGCUGAAAGAGAUGCGCGACAAGUAUCUGAGUAAUAUGACCGAGCUCCGGACGGAGCGUCAUCGGGCCAAGGCCUCCAGGGAGUGCCUGCAUGCCAUCUGCUCGGACAUUUACUACGUGGCCGGGGAGAUUAACUCAACCGAGGGACUAAAGAAAGCGGUACGGGAGCUGUUCCGCAAGCAUGCCUCAGACGACGAGCUAAAGAGAUUUGUGUCCCUGGACGCGGAAGUUAAGGACGAAUUCAUGCGUCAGCGUAAGCAGAUCGAGAACGUCUUAGCCAAAUACAAGUCAGUGGCCGAGGACAAGACUGUGCAAAGGAAAUACGACAAGCUUUUCAAGGAGAACCUGGUCCUGAUCGCAGAAAUAGAAAAACUGACCGAUAGCAACAAAGCUCUGCGCAAUAAAGUUAAGGAGGACGCCGGACGCCGGCCGACGAAGAUUUAAUAUAAGGACUCUUUCUCUCUUUUUGGUUCCUGAUCGAAAGCAUAGUCUAUAAAAAUAUGUAUUUCACACUGGACAUUAGACUUAUCGAGAUAUUUAGUUGAACGGCUAUACAUACAUACAUAUACAAAAUGGCA